AUGAGAUGUGAUAUGGCCCUGAUGGGGCGUGCAAACCCUGUGCUUUUCUCUGAUAAUCGUUGUGAUGAGUACCCAAUGGAAUACAGUGAGUUAAAACACUAUUUGGCAACCAAUAGCAUCGAAGACUUCCCAAGGCGGCGUAGCAAGGCUUAUACGCACAUCGACUUUAUGGACCACUUGUUAUACAAGUCUGGGGCGAGCGUGGAUCUCGAUAAGAAGCUGGCGUGUGAAUAUGCUCUGUAUUUGGUGCAAUCGGAGGAAGACGAGCCGGUAAAUUACAAGGUUGAAUCGUUGAUGGCUUUAAAACCUAGGUCUUUGGAGUGGUACGAGAGUGUAGUGAACCUGUUGGGAAGUAUCAAUGCCCCUGAUCUUGAUAUACCAAGGGUGAGUGGUCGUGAUACGCUGAAACGCACCAGGACGUUAGUCAAAACCAAGAGCGAUCUGCAAGAACUAACGUCGUUUGUGCUGUCAAAUGCAAUCAAAAAGGGUAUUGAGCUCGAACCUGUAAAUAUGGAUGACUCCGUUGAAUUCUUGAAGGCGGCCUUUGAGACUAUUUCUACGAGCUCCAAUGAUAAACAAGAUCCAAUGCAAAAGGACCAGUUGGAAACUGCGUUCAAGGAUUUACAACUAGCGCAUAGUUUUCUAACCAAGCAGUUUGAAAACGAUCGAAAUGAAUACUUGGAGAAUAUUGAAAAACUACAAAGGACAAAUAAGGAAUUACAGCAACGCUUACUCGAUUACCAUUCGGAUCUAUCACAGGCAGAGGUUAAGCUACAAGAAACUGAGCGAGAAUUGAAUAACAGCAGGGAAAGACAAAAGAGUUUUCAUAUCACAUCACCCAUCUUUUCCCGUGACUCUUGGAACGAUGCUUCCCCAGUUUCUGCAAAGAGUACAAACAGUAAUACAUACUCGAUACCGAUUAUGAGAACGGAGUUCAAGCGAUUGUUGACCGAGAGUCAAAGGAAAUACGAAAGAGAGUUACAAGAAGAACGUGAGGCUAGAGCAGAGUUGCAACGACAACUCGACAAUUUGAAAAACAACUAA